CUCCCAUUUGCAUUGUUUAACAUACUUAGAAAAUGAAGUGUUCAUUUUUAACAUUCCUCCUCCAAUCGGUUUAAUGCGGAAUUACCGAAGAGAACUAAGCAAAACCAGGUGCUUUUGCUGUAUUCUCUCCAGUGUCUGAGGAGGAGCAGAGCUCUCCUUCUCCUUUCACUCUUCUCCCCUCCUUCCUUCCCUCCCUCCUCCUCCUUCCUUCCCUCUCUGUCUUGUCUCUCUCCCUCUAUUUCUCUAUGAUUUGGGUCUUUCAUUCUCUGGAAUAUAAAUGAUGGCAAAGCUAACGUUGUAGCACAAAAAUUAAUGUACAGAACUAUUUUUUAAGCUGUUCAGCUGUGCACGCACUAUUUCCCCCACCCCUUUCUGCUUCAGUUUUGGACAUGACAGGAUUAAAAAGGAUAAUGACCAUUUUCAUGGUGGCUGGCUGCUUUAUAAGUUGUGGGAAGACACAGCAACAAUGCUCAAAUGGGUUUGAGAUGGACCGUGCAUCGGGCCAAUGCUUAGAUGUUGAUGAAUGCCGGACUAUUGUGGAGGCCUGUAGAGGAGAUAUGGUGUGUGUUAACCAGAAUGGUGGCUAUUUAUGCAUACCACGAACAAAUCCUGUUUAUCGGUCACCAUAUCAGAAUCCUUAUGCUGGUGCAUAUCCACCGCCACCUCCAGCCCCAGCUCCUGCUCCCAAUUAUCCUGCUGCUGCAAGAACUCCUCUCAUUUGCAGGUUUGGUUACCAAAUGAAUGAAAACAACCAGUGUGUAGAUGUUGAUGAAUGUGCAUCUGAAUCGCAUCAGUGCAACCCCACCCAAAUCUGCAUCAACACUGAGGGAGGAUACACUUGCUCCUGCACUGAAGGAUACUGGCUUUUAGAAGGCCAAUGUUUAGACAUAGAUGAAUGUCGCUAUGGUUAUUGUCAACAGCUAUGUGCCAAUGUACCAGGCUCCUACUCCUGUACAUGCAAUCCAGGCUUUAUCUUGAAUGAUGAUGGAAGAUCAUGUCAAGAUGUGAAUGAAUGUACAACCAACAAUCCUUGUGUGCAAAAUUGUGUCAACAUCUAUGGCUCAUUCCUUUGCCGCUGUGACCCCGGCUAUGAAUUGGAGGCUGAUGGCAUUAGUUGUACUGAUAUGGAUGAAUGCAGCUUCUCAGAAUUUCUUUGUCAACAUGAAUGUGUCAACCAGCCAGGCAGUUAUUACUGCUUCUGCCCUCCUGGCUAUGUUCUUCUUGAUGAUAUCCGAUGCCAGGACAUUAAUGAAUGUGAGGUUGGGAACCACACUUGUACCUCGCAACAAACAUGUUUUAAUGUCCAAGGGGGGUUCAAAUGCAUAGACCCAGUAAGAUGUGAGGAACCUUAUAUUUUGAUCAACGAAAAUCACUGUAUGUGUCCAGCUGAAAAUCCUGGUUGUAGAGACCAGCCAUUCACCAUUUUGUACAGAGACAUGGAUGUUUCAGGACGUUCAGUACCAUCUGAUAUAUUCCAAAUGCAAGCAACAACCCGCUACCCUGGUGCUUAUUACAUCUUCCAGAUCAAAUCAGGAAAUGAGGACAGAGAAUUCUACAUGCGGCAAACUGGACCUAUCAGUGCCACUCUAGUGAUGACCCGUCCUCUGAAAGGGCCACGUAACAUUCUGCUGGACCUGGAGAUGAUCACUGUUAACACUGUCAUCAACUUCAGAGGAAGCUCCGUCAUUCGGCUGAGGAUAUAUGUAUCGCAGUAUCCCUUCUGAGUUUCAUUGCUUUCCUAAAAAAACAAACACACACACACAUAUAAAUAAAUCUGAAAAGGACAUUAUCCUUUUUCUGCCAGAA